CCACCCAAUCUCACUGGUCCUCAAGUAUAACUCUUCUCUUUCUACGACCGUCCUACACUACCUUUGGCACCGUUGAACACUCAUCUUCAUUUAACGCAACUCAUUCCAACACCACAAACAUGAACCGCAAAGUUCUCGGAUGGGGUGGUGCGGCUGCAGCCGGCGGCGUUGCGUACUACCUUUACAGCGCUGGAGGAAAUGCAAAGCUUGCGGAGAAGGAGGUUCAGCAUGAUGCCGCUACCGCUACGCGACAGCUCAAGGGUGACCUUCCGGGGCAGGAUAAAGAGGCGAGGAGGGCGAGCGAGGAGGGCUUCGAAGUUGUCCGCGUAAAGGCACAGGAGCUCAACGACCAGGCCAAGGCUGAGGCGCACAAGCUCCGCGUAGACGCAGAGAAGAAGCUGGAGGAGGCCAGGAGAGAAGGCAACCGCGCCGUCGACAAGUUCGACAAGAACGUCACCGAAGCUGCGAGCAACACCAAGAGCUGGUUCAGCGGCUGGUUUGGAGGAAAGUAACCUGCACGUAAUGAACGAUGAAAUGCCCAAAGGGAUGGAAGCUGGACUCUGGUUCGGCAUGUACAUGAGCGUUUGGUAUUGUGCUAGGUGUUUUUCGGCUCGAAUCUGAUAAUGCUUGGUACCUGUUACCUCUGUCUUGGUGGCGCGAUGCCAGGGCUAUGAGCGGAGUCCUUUUUGGUGUCCUCGCUUCACUGCCCAGUUUUCAUGUUCCCGAAUACCGUACAGCGCACUUGUAUACCAUCCUUGGCGCUGAUAGUCCUACAGGUGCCCAUCAGCAGUGUGGUCUCUCUAUACGCACCGUGUGCAGCCGUUACCAAACGCGAUGCCCAAGCACCAAGCGCAUGUUCGAAUAUCUUGAAACAAGCGGGCGAGACUAUGGAACUUGUUUCUGGUCUCCCUGAUUCCAAUUCCCUCGUCAUAAAAUGUAGACCCACAC